AUGGCCGAAGACUCCUUCCUACACCUCGCUCGCCCGCUGGGCCCCGUCAGCGUGGCGACCGCCCCGACCACUGCCCCUCUGAAUGUGGUCAUCCAGCCCCAGGCUAUCUUCUCGGUCCUGGACCACUCGCUCCGCCGCAACGCCGACCAGGAACGCGUGAUCGGUACGCUGCUUGGAACCCGAACCGAAGAUGGAAGUGAGGUCGAAGUGCGAUCGGCUUUUGCCGUGGGCCAUUCCGAGGCCGAGGACCAGGUCGAGGUCGACAUGGAGUACCACAAGCAGAUGUUGGCCCUGCAUCUGAAGGCCAACCCCCGUGAAGUGCUGGUUGGUUGGUAUGCUACCGCGUCCGAACUCAACACCUUCUCCGCCUUGAUCCAGAACUUCUACAGCGGCCAGGGCGAUGGGACAUGGCCCUACCCGGCAGUGCACCUGACGGUGUCUACUGAGGCCGGCAAGGACCUGGAGACCCGCGCCUACAUCUCGUCCCCCGUCGGUGUGACGGCCGAGCGUGCUGCGGACAGCGCUGCCUUCAUCCCUGUUCCGUAUGAGCUUCGAUACGGCGAGGCCGACAAGAGCGGUCUUGAGACCAUUGCCAAUGCCAAGGACACCGAACACCGGUCUAGCAGCGUCAUUACGGAUGUCGAGGCUCUGGAGCGUGCUAUUGAGGAGGUUCUGGCUAUGAUUGACCGCGUCUCGCGGUACGUCGAGUCCGUCAUCGACGAGGAGGCCCCCGCCUCCACGGCAAUGGGCCAGUUCCUGUUGAACGCUUUGGCUCUGGCCCCUAAGGUGGAGCCGGCUGACAUUGAGCGGGACUUCAACAACCACAUCCAGGAUGUCCUGGUGGUGUCUUACUUGGCCAACACCAUUCGCACACAGAUGGAGCUGUCUAACCGACUAGCAACCGCCCAGCUCACUUUGGGUGGUGGUGAGUCUGGUGCCGCGGCAGGCGAGGGCGGCCAGCGUGGCCAGCGCGGCGGCAAGGGUGGUCGUCAGCGCCCUCAGGAGCGCGGUGCUACUGAGGAAGCCCGUGCAUAG